GGAACUCAUUACACCAGAAAACGUAACUUGAACGUGAGGAAGGGGGUAGAAAUGCUGCGACUGUAACAGACGAGGAGGAGAGAGAGGAGACGAGAGAGGGGGAGGAGGAGGAGAGAGAGGAGACGAGAGAGAGAGAGGAACAGACAGUCAGAGAACCAGUAUGGACUAUGACAGAAGGGGGGGUCGGGGAGACCGCAUGGGUCGCUAUGGCAACAACAGCUCCUCCGACCACGACUACCGAGACAUGGAUUACCGGGGCUACGGACCGGAAGAGGCAGAGCUGGGGACAGGAUAUGACCUCAGAGCCGGUGCCGGCCGCAGCGACAAAGCCGGCCAACCGGCGGGCGUCCGGGAGUUCACGACACCGGCCCGUUUCCACGACCAACGGCCAGGGUUCCGUCAGAGGGGUGGUCGGGGCGGUAAAGGGUUCCCUCGGUCCCUGGUCUUACCCCUGCCAGAGGUAGCCCUGCCCAGGCUGCAGAGAGAGGAGAGAAUGGGAGAGGCAUCCAGGAGAGACUCUCAGAGCUUCAGGCCCAACUCAGAGGGUAGAGGAAGGGGGGGAGGAGGUAGAGGGGGAGGAAGAAGAGGAAGGGGAUACCCUGAGAACAAUGCCUCUCACCUGGGGGAGAGAGAGGGAGACUGGGGGAGGAUGGAAGGAGGUGUCACCCCUGCUGGACAGGAGGAGUACAGCACCCUGAGAGGAGGACCAGGGGAGGAGGACAUGUUCCUCAGGGGAGGAGGACAAGGGAAGGAGGAGAGGUUCCUCAGGGGAGGAGGACCAGGGGAGGAGGAGAGGUUCCCCAGAGGAGGAGGACCAGGGAAGAGAAAGGGUUUCUCCAUGGGCUCUCCAGAGGAUGACUGUGGUGGUGGUGGCAAGGGCCCGGGGCUGCUAGGGGAGGGGCUAGGGGCCGGUCCUGGGGGUCCAGACGCCGCCUCUUCAGUAGUAGAGGACCCAGAACAGAGAGAGCUGAUGGAGUUCAGACCAGACCUUCUGGACCAGAACCAACGACCAUCCAACAUCAUCAUGUUACGCAUGCUGCCACCCAACGCUACCGCCAACGAGAUACGUACCCAGCUCCAGGACCAGGGGAUUGAUCCGACAGAGGUUCUGAUUCGCCUGAUGAGGAACAAAUCUUCAGGUCAGAGCCGUGGAUUCGCCUUCGUGGAGUUUAAUCACAUACAGGAGGCCUGCCGCUGGAUGGAGACCAAUCAGAGGGUUUUGUCUAUCCUAGGCCAGAGGGUGUCUAUGCACUACAGUGACCCUAAACCACGCGCCAACGAGGACUGGCUCUGUAACAAGUGUGGGGUUCAGAACUUCAAGAGGAGAGAGAAGUGCUUUAAAUGUGGCGUUUCUAAAUCAGAGGCAGAGUUGAAACUGCCCCAGCUGAGGGAGUUACCUCAGAAGGACGGCUUAUUGCCCCUCCCUGCUCUCUACCAGCCAGCUGCUACCAUCACCACUACUGCCGUCACCACUCCCAGGGCCGGGGGCAGGGCUGGGGCAGGGGGAGCUGACACACAGCAGGCUGAGGUGGCCAACGACACUCUGAUCCUGAGGAACCUGGGUCCCCAUACCUCCCUGGAGUCCAUCCUGUCCACUCUGUCUCCCUUCGCGACUCUGUCUCCUUCUAAUGUUCGACUGAUCAAAGAUAAACAGACACAACUCAACCGGGGCUUCGCUUUCCUGCAGCUGUCUACUAUAGUGGAAGCAUCUCAGCUUCUCCAGAUCCUCCAGGCCUUACAGCCAGCUCUCUGUAUAGAUGGGAAGGCCAUCGCCGUGGAGUUCGCCAAAGGAUCCAAACGUGAUGUGUUCCUGACAGAUGGCAGUAGAGUGAGUGCUGCUACAGUCGCCAGUACAGCCAUCGCUGCAGCACAGUGGGCCGUCACCCAGACGGCCCAGUCCCUGUCCUCUGCCUCCCAGCAGGGUGUGGAGGUGGGGUUGUACCACCAGGGGGCAGCAGUAACACUGGGAGUCUAUGGAGUCCAGGAGAACCACAACUACACAGUGGUGACAGAGGGCCCGGCCUACAAGGCCCAGGCAGGGGGAAUGGGUACAUCCCUACCCAGCCCAGGAGCAGGCCUGAUGGGGGCGUACAUAGGAACAGCACCUGCAGCGAUCUGUUCUGAGGCUGUAGUUUCUGGAGUGGAUGGCGUGCAGCUCUCUCUCAGCCAAUCACACGCUCCACUCAUCACUUUGGCAACCACACAGGCCAAUCAGCAUGUAGAGAUAGUGGGUAAGCCUCAACCUGCCACUCCCACCCACCCUGCCACCCCCGGCACCGCACACCAGUACCAACAAUACCCGGUGCCGGACGUGUCCACGUACCAAUACGAGGAGAGUUCUGGCUACUACUACGACCCUCUAACGGGACUCUACUACGACCCUAACUCACAGUACUACUAUAACGGGGUCACUCUGCAGUAUAUGUACUGGGACGGAGAGAAACAAACCUACGUUCCAGCACCUGCCCAAUCAACAGCUGAGGCUGCCGUUGCCCCCGGUGAUAACUCUGCCCCCCCUGAUCCUCCCUCUGCUGCUCCUGGAGGCAAGGAGAAGAAGGACAAGCCCAAAAAUAAGACAGCCCAACAGAUAGCGAAGGACAUGGAGCGUUGGGCUAAGAGUCUGAACAGACAGAAGGAGAACGUUCGCUCUCUCUCCUCGUCCUCCUCUUCCUGCUCCACCACCCCUGUGACCUCUAUGGCUCCACCCCCUGGUUACGCCCGGGUGCCUGGACACGGUCGCCUUGACGAUCGCCGAGAGUCCGCCAGCGCUGACGCCGGUUAUGCUGUCCUGGAGAAGAAGGGGGCGUUGUCUGAAAGACCUCAGAUCAUCCUGGACCAGCUCAGACACACAGACAGAGAGCGCUCUCCACCUCAGGUGCAGGGUUUGGUUCCGGCCUACAGCGGAGAGACGGACAGCGAGGGAGAGGAGGGAGGAGAGAAGGACGAGAGGAUGACAGACUGGGCUAAGCUAGCCUGUCUGCUGUGUAGGCGACAGUUCCCCAGCAAGGAGGCUCUCAUACGACACCAGCAGCUCUCAGAGCUACACAAGCAAAACCUGGAGCAGCGGAGGUCACAGCAAGAGGGGGUAUAG